CACUAAAAAACUUCUUUUUAAAAAGUUUUUUAAAAUAUUUCUAAUUUGUAAUGAAUAGUGUUGGCAAAGAAUGUAACGAUUUAAAGAARGAAUAUGAUUCUUGUUUUAAUACAUGGUACACAGAUCAUUUUCUCAAAGGAGAUAUUUAUAAUGAUCCUUGCAAAGACCUCUUCAAGUCGUACAAGACAUGUGUUAUGAAAGCUAUAAAAGAAAAGAACAUAAACAUUGAAGAGCUCAACAAAGAUGUUCUUGGUACAGAAGAAGAGAAACAAUCUCCUCCAAGUAGCUGAUAACAUGCUAAGUGGACACAUGCUUGAAUUGUGGGACAGGAUAACAGACUUCAUGGAUUGAAAAGGAUCGCAUGCUGUGGGUCUGAUGAAUAUUUGGUUGAUGAGAAAACCAGAACAUUAAGCAUAAUCCUGAUAAGGACUCAACAUAUUUAUUCUUUUAUUCCUAUUGCUUUGCUGAUUGUAAAAAGAACAUGUAACUAUCAAGCAGCUCCACACUGGCUGGCAUAUAAUGGUAAAAAGCAGUAAUUGUAAUACGAUAUUUAUGUUAUGAAUGAGUAAUGUGAAAAGACAGAGCGAAAUUCUAACUAUUAAUAAAAUUAAUUUCCAA